AUGUGUGGAACGUAUCUCUACAUGGCCCCGGAAGUGAUCUCGCACAACAAGUAUGACGCCAAGGCCGAUCUCUGGAGCGUCGGGGUGAUGCUCUACCAGAUGAUCACUGGGCGGAGGCCGUUCGAGGCCUGCAGUAGCGAAGAUCUCUUCCGCAAGCUCGGGAACAAGAUCCAGUUUCGAGGAGAGGAUUACUGGGAUCCGGAUUGCCGCGAUCUUUGCGAGGGGCUGCUGAGGAAGAAUCCCUUGGAGAGGAUAUCUUUCGAGGAGUUCUUCAAUCACAAGUUCCUGCGAGGAUCGAGCAAAGCUGCACUGGUUUGCGAUCAAGAGAAAGCCGACAGCGUUGCGAUCUUACACCGAGCGCCACGGCCACUGGAGACGAUCCCCGGGGAUCGCCAGCGGCCUGUGAGAGGGAGGAAUCCACUGAUGGACUCCAUUGAAGAGAGGAUUGCCAGAGAGUAUGUGAUGGUGUCUAGCCCCAGCUCUUCAAAGAACAAGCAUCCUCACUGCCCGAUUCCAAAGCCAGCACCGCCGCCGCCGCGUGCGCAUCCACCGAGCAAGAAUUCGAGCAAGGAAGAUCUGGAGCGCAGCGAAACCCUGCGAAUCUGCGCCAAAUUGCUAGGCGAAGUGGCAAGAUUCAAGCUACAAGACAGUAAGAAGCUUGAAUCCCUCUCGCUCUGCCUCGCCGCGCUUGGAUCGCUCAAGCGCGCCUUGAGCAUUGCCACCACGCCCCAGCUCUUGGAGGAUUUCUCGGCCGCCCUGGACGAAACCGAGGCCGUAGCGGCGAAUCUCGACAGGAGCUCGGAUCAGGCGCUGCCAGAUGCGGCGGAGAUAAUCUAUCAGGCAGCGCUGGCGGCAGGGAGAGCCGGGGCAGUGGACGAGAUCCUGGAGAAGCGAGGGCGAGCAUCGGUCGAGUAUGCCAAGGCAUCAACGUUGCUCUUCUUUCUCAUCAUGGAUGACUCCCCGAUCCACCUACAUUCGUUAGAUGUUGCUAGCGCACACCAUUGCUUCCACGCUAUAACAGUGCGUCACAAGCAGUGCAAGAACGCCAGCCACUGA